AUGACAUCACAAGACAAUGAAAACUCUGAAUAUUAUAUUCAGUUCAUUGCGGAAUCAACAACCCCAAAAGCAAUGACCCUUCAACAAAUCAGAGAAGCAACACAAAAUGACCCAACUUUGCAACAUGCUGCACACAUAAUACAGAAAAACUUAUGGCAUACGUUAGACACCACAACAUUUUCCAAAGACACAUACAUUGAUAUUCGUGAACUAAAGUUACUCCGUAAUAUCAAAGAUGAAUUAACUGUAUCUAAUGAUAAGAACAUCAUUUUACGAGACACACGCAUUGUUAUUCCAAAAAGCUUGCGAGCAGAUGCCAUACGUUUAGCCCAUGUUGGCCACCAAGGCAUAGUUAAAACGAAGAGCCUAAUGCGAGAAAAAGUUUGGUUCACCUUAAUUGAUUCACUUGUCAAAUCUGCUAUCGACAGCUGUAUACCAUGCCAAGCCACUGGACGUCCAAAACCACCACAACCUCUGUUAAUGCGCGAAAUACCCAAGGAGAACUUUGACACUGUAUACAUUGACUUUUUGGGUCCGUUACCAAGUGGAGAAACACUCUUUGUCCUAAUAGAUGGACGCUCCCGAUAUCCGGUAACAAAAAUUAUGAAGAAAACGGAUGCUCCUCACCUAAUUCCAUGUUUAGACGAGAUCUUUGCCACAUUUGGAUUACCAAAAAAAGUUAUCUCGGACAAUGGUCCACCGUUUCAGAGCAAAGAAAUAAAGAAAUUCAUGGAUGACAAUGGCAUUCAACACAAAACAAUCACUCCAUUAUGGCCACAAGCAAAUGAAAGCGAAACUUUCAUGAAACCACUGAUGAAAGCCAUUCGUACUGCUCAUCUGCAAAAGCAAAACUGGCGCCGCACCAUGCAGGAAUUCUUAUUAAAUUACAAAGCUACUCCCCAUACCACAACUCAAGUUGCAACGGCCACACUCAUGUUUGGUAGGAACACCCGCACAAGAUUACCUCAGACUGACACUAAAACCGACAAGAAUGCCCUUGAUCAUUCCGUCGAACAACGCGAUAAAGAACAACGACAACGCAUGAAAGAAUGCGCAGAUCGACGGAGACAAAGUAAGACGACAACCAUGAAUAUUGGUGAUUAUGUACUCGUAAGACAACAAAAGCACAACAAAUUUACCCCGAAUUUUGAUCCCAAACCGCUACGAAUAAUCACAGUAAAAGGAACGAUGAUUACUGCAGAAAGACCAGGAUUCGCUGUUACUAGAAACCAAUCGUUUUUCAAACCUAUUAAAACAACUGGGCUGUCUUCUGAAGAUGAGGAGGAAAUGGAAGAUAGUGAUGAACAUGAAGAACAACGUGAUAUUGGAGACAAUGAAAAUAACAACAAUCACAACCAAGAUGAACAACAAAAUCUAGAACGACAAUAUCCAAGGAGAGAACGAAGAAGGCCGAACUAUUAUCAUUAA